AUGAAGGGCCACGGCGAGCUGGCAGAGGGGUCCAAGCGUCAAAGCUCGAGCGGAAGCUCGACCGAUCCUAUCGACGUCCGCGAGGAGCUCAGCAAGUGUGACGACCCCUCCAUGGCGUGGAGUAUGCAAUUCUGGGUGACCAUUGCCGACCCUCUGACUCACGAUGUCUUCUUCGCGUGUCCGGCGUCAGGUCAGUGCAGUUGGGAACCGCCCGUCGGAGCCUUUGUCGUGCCUCGUUCGCCCGAUGGGGAGUGGUGGGAGUUGGCAGACCCAUCCCGUGGCAACCAGAGCUACUAUUAUAACACUCUGACCGGCGUGACGCAGUGGAACAGGCCAGAUGGUGACGCCUUUGUUAUCCCGCUGGGGUUGAUACAGCGCAACGCACUCUCGUCGCGACCCCCGUCCCCUCAUCGCGAUUCGACCGAAAAUGGCACAGUUGACUCUACAUCAAGUUCCAUCCAACCCGCCACCUCGUCGUCUGGACACCGCGAGCAGCUGACUCUCCCCAUCGCGACCUCGACGGCGAGCUCCAGCGGCCCUUUGACGCCCAUUCCAGACGACGCGCCCAUGCCCGAUCGGCACCUCGACCCGGCACACGAUCAGCAGGGCAGCUGGUGGGGAAGGCGCCGCGGAAGACGGCUACUCAGCCGCUUGAGCAAGACCAACCUCAAGACGCCAGAUCGCAGCCCAUCUCUUAAGAACGGCGGUCCCUCCAUUCUCCAUGCAGACCACUCUCCCGCGACUUCAAACACGAAUGGAUUCGUGGCAUCACCCCAGGGCUCCCCGUCAGUCGACGAUGGCAACUUCAAUGACCCUGUCAACCUCAUUCUCCAGCCCGCAUCCCCCACAUCCGCCGCAUAUAAUCUCGAAAACUUCUCCACCGAUAACUUUGCCGACCGCUACUUUGCGAGCCGCCGCUCGGGCGUGCUGCGCCAGCGCAUGUCACUGGAGCAGAUUAUGGAAUGGCAGCGCGCGCCCAUCACAUCUCCACUUUUGGUGCUCUCCAGGACGUCCGUACAGGAUGCGGUUACCACGUUCAAGGUCAUCCAGCACGUCAUGGGUGAUCGCGACCGACACGUUACGGACGCUAGACCCCAACACUUCCCAGCUGCGUCGGUGCUGUCUCUUCGCUCGACAGUGCGCCCUGGCGAGGGCAACGAGUCCAAGGACGAGAAGACGAUCAUCCUCGAGGAGAUUCGCUGGAUGAUCCAGUUGGGAGUCGGUAGAGUCGAGAUGCGCGACGAGCUGUAUUGCCAGCUCAUGAAGCAGCUCACGCGUAACCCGGACAGCGACAGCACCGUUCUGGGUUUCCAGCUUUUCUGUGUGUUCGUGUCCGCGUUUGGACCGUCCAAGUCGUUUGAACCAUUUGUCCGCUCCUUCUUGAUAGGCAAGCUGGAACGUACCGACUUUGGCAUUGGUGUCAUGUCCAAGUUUUGUCUUACCCGCUUGGACACCUGGUCGCAGAAGGGCGGCCGUGGGCGCGUUCUGAGCACCGCUGAGAUCGAGCACGCGUCGGACGCCGCGUUCUACCCGUCGGUGUACGCGCAAACGCUCGAGACGAUCAUGCAGCGACAGGAGGGCGCGUAUCCCGAGUUGCGUAUCCCAAUCAUCUUGCCCUUCCUCGCAGACGGAAUUCUUGCACUUGGCGGCACCGAGUCUGAAGGCAUCUUCCGAGUGCCGGGCGACAACGACGUUAUACUGCAAUUGAAAGCGCGCAUCGAUCGAGGCCAGUACCAAUUGAGCGGAAUCACGGACCCGCAUGUCGUCGCGUCGCUGUUCAAGCUGUGGCUCCGCGAGCUCGAAGACCCGCUGGUUCCGACCGCGAUGUACGAAACCGCCCUCUCGGUAUCCAAGAGUGUCGACCACACGAUCAUCUUCCUCAAAAAGUUGCCGAACCACAACCGCAGAGUGCUGUUGUUUGUGAUCUCGUUCAUUCAGCUCUUCCUCGAUCCAGACGUCGUCGCCAUCACCAAAAUGACGCCGCGCAACCUGGCGCUAGUGCUCGCCCCCAACAUUCUGCGCACACCGGACGAGUCGCUCUCCGCUGCAUUUGCCAACUCGGGCUACGAGUGCCAGUUUGUGCUCAACCUCCUGCUGCACUUGGACCCUCCUUCGGUCGACCCCGACUAUGUGCCUUCACACGGCGGAGGUGCAUCUGAGCGUGUGUCUCUCGACUCGCAGCACUCUGAGCGGUCUGAGCGUUCGGAGCGUACGACGGCCUCGGGCGCAUCUGGCGCGUCGGGCGAAGCGUCGGCCGACAGUGCUAAUGAGGCGUCGGGCGAGCACAUGAAAGAGAACCAGUCACCUGAUCAUUGA